CGUGAUCUCACGUUAAUACAUAAAAUUGAUAAAAGUGUCGUAAGACGGCAUUUUGUUAAACUCAGAAUCAAGUAAAUUCCUCAAAAAAUAGCAUCGUGGAGUGGUGCUCAAGCAAUUAACAUAUAACCCUGACAUAAUUCUUUAUUAAGGAAUUUAAGGAAAAUAAGUUUAAUCAGACUAAGGGACGAGAAGAAUUAUUUGGCCUAGGAGCAACAAAACGCUAAAUACGGCCCUGAUUACAUUAUUUGUUUUUCGGAAAAUUUAAGAUACAUAAUACUCGUCCAUACCUAUCGAAGCACCCUCGUAUUAUUAGAGCUUACUUAUUGUUUUGAUUUUAAUUAAUUAGUUAUCUAUAUUUGAAUUGUAUCGUCGUCAGUUUACUAUUUAUUCAAAUACUGUUUUGAGAUUUCCGUUCUAUUUAUACAUUACAUUUCUGGUAGGAAGUUCUAAGCUAUAUAGCAGGAAGAGCAUUUAUACAGCUCACAGUAUAUUUUUACAAUCAUUGCCUAACCAGUUUAAAAUUGUAUUUAGAUUCAUUGAUUAUUCAUUAGAAUUAUUGAGAAAACAUUGUAUCUUAACAUUAUGAUUGAAAUUGAUAUUUUCAUUGCAGAUCGAUAUCUUUAUAACAUUACAUUUUUUGUUUUCCCGAAAAUUUUAGAUUUAAAAUAUACGUCCGUACUUAUCGAAUCACCCUCGUACAAUCACACUUGACAUAUUGCUUUGAUUUUGAUUGAUUAAUGAACCCUACUAUAUUUUAAUUGUAUAUGCAUGAUAUUUGAAUCAUAGUUUUCAGAUUUUCUUUUUAUUAUGAAAUCCGAUUUUCUAAAUACAUUUCUGGUUGAAAUGGAAAUUGGAGCUAUAUUUUACGAAGAGUGUGGCUAUAUACCUAACAGAAUGCUUUUAUAAGGAUGCAAAAUGCAUAACUAUUUUAAAAUAGAUCGAUCAUAUUUAGAUUGAAAAUUUGAAGUUCAAUGUUCUCAAUGCCCAGAGUUGCCAAAAUGCUGAGAUGUUCUUUUGCGCAACCGCCCUGUCGAUUCUCUUUGUUUGUCGUUUCAUUUGAAAUAUCCGUUAUUAGAGCUUGGAUUCUUUCACUGAUGCUGUUUGGUCAUUAAUCGACUGGAAGGUAGAGUGUAACAAGCUUGUGAGCCGGUUCGUCAUAAACAGAAGCCAAGCCAAGCUUUCUAUAUCAAUAUACAAAACAAAUUUUCUACACUUGUGGUGAAUUAAAAUAUUCAAAAUGUCUGAUGAAGAGGUACAAACCACCAAAAAAGGACGCAAACCUGCAGCAGAAACCACAAAACGUACUAAAAAGGAUACUAAAGCUGAUGCUGAAGAUGCUCCGGUGGUGAAAAGAGGUAGAGGUAGACCAAAAUCAACAGUGAAGAAAGACACAAAGAAAGAAACAAAAGAAAAAAAAGAGACAAAGGCCAAAACUAACGGAGUGAGCAAACGCGGUAGGAGGCGAAAGGAAGAAAAAGAAGAAUCAGCCGAAGAAGAAAACGGUGAAAAGAGCAGCGAAAAUGAGGAGGAGGAAGAAGACGAGUAAAUAUUUUCGAUUACUUAUUUGAUAUAUCAUUAAUUACUUGAUAUUAAAUGUAUGUAGGAUAAAUUAUAAAUUGUAUUUAGGGUAUUUUAGAAUAUAAUUCAUAAGAAGAAUACUCUGCAUCUCCUAUAAUUACAAUUUUCAAUAUUUCGCGUGACUUCUGUAUAACAGUAG